ACUUAAUCACUGGGUUUUAGUCUUCUUUUUCUUAGGCUUAUGUAUGAAUUGUAUGAUAUGAUCUAUACAUAGAUAUAAUAGAUCUAGAUUUAGAUCUAAAUCUAAAAUUUAUAAAUUAGAUCUAUAUUAAUAUAGACUUAUCUAAUUAAAUCUAGAUCUAUAUAUUUUUAGAAUCUAGAUAAUUUAUCUAGUCUAGAGAGAGAGAGAGAUAACUGACUAUGGAAUUACCUAUCACUCGAGUUUGUAUUGUGAGUGAUCCAAGUAAAUGUCCAGCUAAUCACACUGUGAUUACUAGAACAUAUGAAAGCUCAGAGGAUGCAGAUUUAUGGAGAGAGAAAGGAUUUUUUGGUAAAAGGUCAAUGCGUUAUUUGUGUAUUGAAAGACAGGCACCAUCACCAACUCAAGAUGUUUUGGUGGAUGUAGCAACAAUCAAUGAAAAAGACAGUGUUCCAGCAGGGUUUACUGUUCUAGAAUUCACUGUUGAUACAAAAGAGAAAGCGUCCCAGAAGAAAUUAAUUUGUGUUCGAUGGAUGGCACCUUCAUUAACCAAGGAUGCCAUCACUGACCUCAUUUUUCUCAACAGAAAUCAAAGAAAACCUCCCCAAGGCUACACUGCUGUUGGUGACAUCAAUGGCAUGUACUUGUGUUACAAAAUGGGUUCCCUGCCACAGAGUAAUUUCCAGAUGACAUCAGCACCACCUCUGUACAGCCUCCCUCAGCCAACAACUUCUACUCUGCCUUAUGCUAUCAGUCCUGCUGUCGGUGUUAAGCCAGCGAUGACAAGUCCAGGUACAUUGUCGAGAACUGGUCCACCCGAACAAUCCUCAAAUAGUCUAGCUACCAGUCAUAUCAAUCCUAUAUCAGGUAUAGAGUGGAAGAUGAACCAGAAGUAUAAACUGAUUCUAGAAUUUCAGCAGGUGACAAUCCCUGAUUUAAAACUUAAAAGUUACAAAGAUCUUGAUGAACAGUAUCCCUAUGACUUUAAUGUUGAAUACUCAGUGGCUAAACAUCAACACCAAGACUUCCCUCCCUUACACAAACUGCAAACGUAAAAAUACCAAGACAGCACAAGGUUUUAUAGGCACAGAUCAAAAGGUCAACAUUGACAUCAUGUGAUACACACAUUUUUUGUUCUUUUCAGCUUUAAUUUUAUUCCUAGCAAUACUCUGGUAUUUGUUUUUGUAUUUUUUCUUGGUAUUCUCAAAGCACUUUUUAGUUUUAGAAAUUAUUUUGGAAUUAAAGUGAAAAUAUUUGAAAUGCAAAUGAUAUAAUAAUACCCCCCCCCCCUCCCCCAAAUUGAUUUGAUUAGAAUACACAUUGAUAAACUAAACUCAUUCUUUACAUUUUUAAUGAGUUCAUGUUUAAUUUUUUUUAAUUAAUCAAAUAUUUUAUAAAUGAUUUACAGAGUGCCAUUUUUAUUUAGUUGACUAAGUUUAUGUACAAAUGUCUCAUACCAAGCCAUUGCCCAAACACAUACACACACAUAAGGCUAUUUAUUAUCUUCCUUUUUUUUUAAUUUUAAAUAUGAAAUACAUUAGCAAUUUAUUUUCAGGCAUUUUUUAAUUCAAUUCAUUUAAAACUUGAGGAAAAGUAAUUAUUUGUAAUUACCUAAAAAAACAACAACAUCUAAAUAGGCUAAAAUGUAAAUCAAACUGUUUCAAACCAAUGUGCAGCCCUAGCGUAGGUUGUUGCUUAGGCAGUUUGGUUAAGCCAGUGUUUUCAAUUUGUUUCCCCACAGCUCUGUUUUAACCCUAGCCUGGAAUCAUUGUACUGUCCACACACUAUACUUGUGUAAUGUACUCUUGAAAUAUAAAGUAACUUUUGCUACAUUUUCACUGCAGCUAAAUUUGUAAUAUAAUUUAAACAUUUAUUUUACAUUAUUUUUUAAUUCACUUUUGUCAUUAAACCCUUUAUAAUUAUUGACAUUCAAUCAUUAACUGAAAUGUGUCUGUACAAGUUUGACAGAGUAAUCAUUUUGAUAUUUUACAUUCAAUUUGUUUUCAGUUUGUAUCUGUGUAGAUCAUCAGAUUGUUGGUUGCUUUGUUUUGUUUUUUGUAAAUCAUUUGACUUAAUAUAAACAUUGAGUUUAGAGUGUAUUUGAAGGACACAGUUGGUGGGGGUGGGCGGGUGGAGAGGAGUUUCAGGAUAGGGUUAAUUUGAAAUUAUCAUGAACUAUUCAACAUUAAAUUUUGGUGUUUAACAAAUAGUUCAGUGACUUAAGAGCUGAAUCAGUUCACAUGAAUGACUAUAGAAUCUGUUGUCCCAUCCCCCUAGACAAAAUUAUUCCUUGUUAAAGUUCAAUACUCCCCUGCCCCCAGCAUAGUCAAUACAGGAAAAAAUGUUAAACACCAAGGUUCUGCCCUGUAACCCUUAGGUGGAGCUAACCACUGCCCCAGAUCCCUUGGUUGGCUGGGGAGGAGUAUCUUUUAUCAUUCAAAUAACAAUGUGCCCCCCACUUUCAUAGAAAAAUUCUAGGUGUAUAAAUUAUUAAAUUAAACCAUUUUAUAUCUUAUAACAGAUUUCCCUCAGCCUCCUGAUUUACCAGGAGCUCCUGGAAAUCUCCUGAAAUUGCAAAAUAUACAAAAAGGUCCUUGAAAUAUUCGGAAAUUAUUUAAAUCUUUUGAAAACUCAUACAAAUCUUGUGAAAUAUAUGGACUAAAAUUGUCAUUUUGGGUGUCCAUGUCAUUCAAAAUGGAAAACGCCAAUCCUACGCGCAAUAAAUAAAAACGGCAUUAUGCAAUACCGUAAUUGUGGAAUGUAGUGAAAGAAGCUUCUUGCACCUCAAACAAAUGAAGAAUUACUUGAGGUCAACAAUUCUCAAAGAUAGAUUCAAACAUUUGGUAAUUCUUGCUAUUGAGCGUGAUCUAUGUAGGAAAAAGAAUUCUUAUGAUAUACUGUAUGACUUCGCUACAUGCAUGGCUCGUGUAGAAAUUUUAUGCGUAGUAAAGAAAGAAUAAAAUGCAAAGAAGAAUAUAUUUUCUAAUACAAACUUCACAAAUUAUCCAUAUCCCUACCCAAACUGGGCUCCGCAAAAUUCAUUUCGCGUUGGGCCCCACAGUGGUUAAGUCUGGCCCUGCUAUUUAGUGACGGUGAAUACAGAGUAGAUUACUUGUUCUCUUUCCAUGACUUCUUGGUCACAAUGGUUAAGUCCAGCCCUGUUAUUUAGUGACGGGUGAAUACUACUUGUUCUCCCCCCUCUUUUUUUUUUUCCUCUAAAUCUAAAAUUAUGUGGGGUAACUCUUGUCCGCCUGACUUGCAGAAAUAAGAGAAUGAUCUUUCCAUUACUUGGUGUCCUAACUCUUGAGCCAUGAAUUGAAUUAUAUAUAUAGAUAGAUGCUGUGCUGUUUCUCUUCAGUCUUGAGCAGUAGGAUAGGUUGAUCUAGUUUCAUAUUUUCUGUUCUAUUUCUCUUCCAAUGACUGAAGACUUUGAAUUGUUGUGAUUCUUCUUUACUUGUAAUGUUUCUUUUCCACUUGUUAUUGGAAGACUUUAGGAUGUGACAAGAUGUCUUCAUUCACUUAACAAUUAGUUGCCAUUACAUUUAUUGACAUGAAUAGAGAGAGACAAUUAGAUACAGACAUUUAGAUACCUUGAAGAAUACUGAUCUAGUUGUUGCUGUUAUUGAAAAAAUAUCAACAAAAAAUUUUUUGUUGUUGAAAAAUUCAAUUUGUUCCAUCUGAUCAUAUUGACAAUUGUAUAUAUAUUCUUAUAAAUAAAGGAAACUUAGUACCAGA